UCCUCCAUGGUCUAGCCAAUGAUACUGUGAAAUAAUUGUGCUGACUGACUCUUCCUAUUCUUUUUAGGGAGAAAUUCAAGAUUGUUACAAUCAUGGCUUCAAACAUUGAACCCGUCCAGUCUGUGCCGUGCCCAGCUUGCUUUGCCAAGGACCCCGUGGUAGAACAUCUUGACCCGUUGGAUACCCAGGAUUUGAGUGUAACUCUGCACAGUUCAGGAGAGACGAUAUCCUUCAAAGACGCAACAACGACUUACCUUAAAGACCACUACCCAAACUUAUCUUAUACUACUUACCGGGUUCCUGCUGCCUCCUUUUACAGAAAUACAGGGAAUCUCGACUUGAAACCAAACAAUGAAGUACCAGAGAAAGAGGUCACACAUCGUUUCCAGAAAGACGCCGUGGAGAAGGUUGUAAAAUGUUUCCACGCGUGGGGCUGUGAACAUCGGAAAGGCAUGCUUGUUCUCAGUGAGUAUGAUAUGCACAACUAUCUAAGAGCUGUGAAAACAGGGAGUAAGAAACGGACAACAAUUGACGGCGAGCAUGACGUCAUGGUGAUUCACCUAAACACUGGAGUUACAUUCGUUCAAGUCAAGAGUGUUAAAACAACCAGCGCCGACAAAACCAUGCGUAGGCAGACACAAAGUGCCUUCAAACAAGUCACUAAAGAUGAGAAAGCCUUCCGCGAGAUGAAUGCUGACCUAGACUUCAUUUCAACGGUGCCCGUUGUUGGCUUUGUUGCACUGCCUAACCUGACACGCGAUCACUUAAGUAUAAUGGGUAUGUGUGACGCUCACAAAAUACAAGUGCUGACUAGUGAAGAUUUAGAGUCGCCAACAGAAUUUAAUGAGUCGGUCGGGAAACGGUUCCAGGCAGGAGAAAGCCUUGGCUUAGAGAACUACAAGGAAUUGUGCGGGAGAUACGUUGGACUGGCGUCCGUUGUACGGAUUCGAACUCUGCCAGACGCCAUCAAGAAAACUAGUGCGAAGGUCGGGAAAAUUCUGUUGACUCCUCAACAGAAUGAGAUAAUCAGAGUUGGCAAUCGACGGCAAGUCAUCUUCGGAGAUUACGGUACGGGGAAGUCUUUGAUCUUAGCCAAACAGGCCGAGAAGAUAGUAACAAGUGAAGAUGGAUUGCAAGGGAUCGUCUUCGUUGUAUCGUGUACAAGUAUGAAUCUGUCGAGUAACGAUGGGUUAGGUCGCUUGCUGCGCUCUCCAAGUCAUCUCGUGUCACAAUUCCGGAACCUGUUCUCUGAGCCAAUGUCACCUUCCAUCAAGAUCAUGUCCAUAGCUGAUCUUGUCCUCUACUGCUUCCCUGAUACUGAUCCGUACUCUGUGUGUUUCAGCCCCGCAUUGAUGGCAAAGCUCACCCGAGGCGUCCUAUCAAAGCACCCAAAAGCUCACAUCAUGUGGGACGAGGUCCCAUUUGUACUCAGUUUGGACUGGAUACCUUUUAAAGAUCUUUGUGAGCAAUACCCAUGUACAUUUUUCUGGAUAUCCAUAUCAUUAGAAGGGUACUUUGCGACGAAUGCUACGGGGUACGUAGAUCCCAUUGAGAAUGCACUCACACCAUACUUUAAUAUAUCAUGGCUCACCAGGUGUAUGCGAAUGACGCGGAAUGGUUUUCGGUUUUACCAGGCCUUGAAGCCUAGUCAUAUGGACAAAAGAACCUACCAAACAGCAAGUGGGAACGCAGUUGACGGGUGUGUUCCUCGGUGGUACCCUCUACAGAAAUGCUCCUGUGGAAUCACUGACCCUUUGAGUUGCACAUGUAUUCAACCUCGUUUUACCCAUACACUGAAGUAUAUAUGGGGGCUUCUUAAGAACAUCGAGCCAUCAUCUGUUUCUUUUGUCUUGGGUGACACUGAUUUCGACAUAAAUCACUUCCUAAUGAAUGUUGUGCGCAAGGCGUGUAAAACGUUACAAAUCCCAGUAGAUGCUUCGCCAACAUCCGAUGAUGAUAACCACUCAACGCAAGAGAUGUCAGAGGUUGUCGCAUCAGGGUCUAAGUGCCGAGUUGUGGAUCGCGUCAGUUUCAGAGGUUGCGAGAGUCCUGUUAUUAUCGUCAUUGAGGAAGAAUCGAUUUUAUCCAUGGUUCCGUACGGUAGGAAUAUGAUACUGAACUACUUGCCAGCGGUGAUCUCCCGCGCUCUUGGUCAGAUCUUCAUCAUCACUUUCCGACGUUAUGAAAUAGGUAGCGAUGACGUUGGUUGUACCUUUCAUUUGGAUUCACAUCUUAACAUUCUAGCGGCAAACACAUUUAUUCUGGAGUGCCAAGUUCCUGCUGACUCUUCCACCAAAUACACAUGCCAGCCUUUAAAGGGACCAUAAUUGGUUGCUUCCGUUAACCACGCCUGGGGUAAAGUUUAUUUCAUGCUUCUUAGCUUUGCUUGUGCAUAAAAAAUAGUUUUACUCUAUCGGACGACACAAGUCCAUAGGCCAGAUCAGAUAUUGGUACCACCUGAGGUGGCAAAACAUAAAUGGUGCCAAAUGCUUCGUAGUACAAAAACAUAUGAAAGCAACUCCAAAUGAGUAGCUUAGUGUAUGUUUUCUUAGCUCAUUGUGACCAGGCUUAAAGAGUAGCCAUUUACUACCACUAAGUUACCACCCUGUGAUUGCUUGGCACCUCAGGUGGUACUAAUAAGUCAAAUUUUGGCCCAUGGACUAAAUAUAUUACACUGACAAAUCAGUCUGAUUCCAUAAGUAAUUAACAUUCAAAGCAUGGGUAGCGGCCGCCUUGACCGCUUGAACGCGGUCGCCUUGACCGAAGAGUUACACAAAGUUUAGACCAUUAUAUCUAAUAGUAAAAUAAUUUGGGGAGCAGUAUUAUUGUAGUAUUUACAAUAUUAUACAUAAUAAAUUAUUAAUAGGUUCCGUUAACCACGCCUUUGUUCGAAUUUAGAGCACUGCCAUUUAGGCUCAUCAGACAUGGUGUACGUUUCAGAGCACAAUGCUCUUUCUACUAAAUUAGCAAUUACGAAUGUACUUAAAAACACUGGACACUAUUGGUAAUUGUCAAAGACUAGUCUUCACAUAUGCAUAAAAUAACAAACCUGUGGAAA